CCCUAAUAGGACCUCGACAUUUCUCACGGCCACCCUUCAGAAGACCCCAGAUUCCUCCGCAGGCAACUGUAUUUCGAGUGCCACCUACUUCAUAGUAUUACCACCUUUCAUUUGUAAUUCCGCAGAAUGGCAGAGUUCAGAUUGCUACGAGGCAAGUGCUUACUUCUGUUUGUAUGUCUGGCUUUGCUGUCUAUGACCAGAACCAACGCCAUGUAUGCCGCAAUUACAUAUGUGACCAGUGGCGUACCGAAAAGGAUCCGUUUGCUUGGAUGGAAUCCCACCAGCCUACAAUUUCAAUAAAGGGUAUGGAACGAGGAUUAAUAAUUGGUCAGUUCAACUUGAGGUUAAUGAAGCCGACUCACGAGAUGUCAACAACCACAAAGCCCCUCAAACCAGAGUCUCAAAGUGAUGUCGAAGGCACACCAUCCGCUCCUCUCAACGCUAACAAGAGAGAACCAGGACUACUAAUACCCGCUCCAAACAACAACGAGAAGCUUCUGGCAGGCACAUCAUUGUAAAUUCAACAAACAAAUGUAAAGCUUCAAAGUACUUGGGUCCUCUCCGCAGAUCACCUAUUGUUGGCACCUUCAGUUAUGCAUAUAGUUAUUAGACACCAAUGAUUCUACUAUAUUACGAAACUGGAGAUUUUUUCAUCAGACUCAUGUUUGUCAACUACAGUUUUGGUCCCAAAUGACUAUGUUCUGAUGUG